AUGCCCGUGUCAUGGACAUGUCACGAGAUCAACGUGGAGAAGGUCUGUGGCUCUGGCGACAGCUUCGUUAUCCGAAACAACGUCAGACCAAGUCCUGCAAACACAGAGAGGGCCUGCCUCCGCGGCGUGAAUCUUGGAGGCUGGCUGGUUCUGGAGAAGUGGAUGGCACCAGACCUGUUCGCAGUGGCUUCUUCAGCAGAGGACGAAUGGACCCUGCUCUCUUCCGGAGGAGCUGAGGCACGCCAAGCUGUCCGAGACUUCAGACGAACUUUCAUCACGGAGCAGGACAUUCGAUGGUUGAAAACCGAAGGUGGAAUAGAUGCUGUGCGGCUGCCCGUCGGGUAUUGGUGCCUUGAUGAGUAUGCCAAAGGCACACCUUAUCUCUCUACACAGCACCUGGUUGAUGCUUUGUUCGGCUGGGCGGAGAGGUACGGCUUGAAAGUGCUUCUGGACCUGCACGGCAUGUCGGGCUCGCAGAACGGUGAACAUCACAGCGGCCAGAGUGGGAAAGUGAACUGGCUCGAGCCUAGGCACCGUGAGAAGAACCUGGAGAUUGUCCGUGCCGUCGCAGCGCGCUGGGGCCACCAGAAGGCGCUGCUUGGGCUCGGCCUUGGUAACGAGGUAGCGGAAAAGGAGCAGACAGUGAUGGACCGAGUCGCGUCUAUGGUCUCCUGCUUUACGCCAGAGUACCCCCGGAGCUACUGGGUGGAAGUGGCCAGGUUUUAUGCCGAGGCGGCAGAGCUCGUCGAGCCGCUGCUCCACCGCGAUGUCCUUCUGGUGCUCGACACGUGCUGGGACAUCGACCGCUGGACCUUGGAUAA